AUGUGGCCAGGUACAUUUGGCCAGCUUGCAAUCAUGGCUUCAACUGAAAGCAAUAAGAGUUUUGGUCCAUUCACAAAUGACCAGGAUUACGAAUGGAAAUUUACUGGUAGUGAAGAUUCAUGUGAUGUUCAUGAGAUAUCCUAG